UGAUUUUAUUACUGAAAGGUUACUGCUCAAAAUAUUCAUAGAAUACCAAGCAAUAUUAGAUGUAUAACGUUUGCCUUCAAUUGUUUGGCUUCCGUGAUCUCCACCCUCUGAAUUUCAACUUCUGCGCAGCCUAUUAUCCACUCCAUGUAGAAGGAUGAGAGGAGAGAAGCUGUUAUUACCUGUGAUACUAAUCUGUGUGCUGGGUUUAACACUGCCGCAGACAUCUUAUGGACAGCAUUUGUCAGAGGAACCCUGCUCCGUUCAGAUCCUUGUCCCUGGACUCAAAGGAGAGCCAGGAGAGAAAGGUGAAAAAGGGGCACCAGGGAGACCAGGAAGAGUUGGCCCUCCUGGAGAGAUUGGUCAACCUGGACUUAAAGGACAGAAAGGUCUUAUGGGGCGUUAUGGCAAAAUGGGCCCAAGUGGAAUGAAAGGUGUAAAGGGAGAUAUGGGGGAUCCAGGUCCAAGGGGCCCUAAUGGAGAGCCAGGUGUUCCAUGUGAAUGCACACCACUGAGAAAGAUGAUUGGGGAAAUGGACAUUCUCGUGGCCCAGAUGUCCUCUGAGCUGAAGUUCAUUAAAAAUGCUGUUGCUGGCAUAAAAGAGACAGACAGUAAGGUCUAUCUGUUGGUGAAGGAGGAGAAGCGCUACUCUGAUGCCGAGGGCUACUGUCAGACGAGGGGAGGGCACCUGGCCAUGCCAAAGAAUGAGGGAUCCAACACGGCCAUCGCAGGGUACAUCUCUGAGGCAGGACUGAGCAGAGUGUACAUCGGCAUCCAUGACCUGGACCAUGAGGGCGUCUUCACCUACGUGGACCGCUCUCCCAUGACCACCUUCAGCAAAUGGAGGAAAGGGGAGCCCAACAAUGCUUAUGAUGAUGAGGACUGUGCUGAGAUGGUGGCCUCCGGGGAAUGGACUGAUGUGGCCUGCCACCCCACCAUGUACUUUGUGUGUGAAUUUGACAAGGACAGUGUCUGA